AUGGAUGCUCCGCUGGACGGAUUGACCUCCAUGCACUUCGCCCUAAUCUACAUGGACGAAGAUGGCAAAUUGCGGUUCGAGGCCUCGCCGUCCAUCGUAAACAACUGCCAGACCAUUCUCUCCCCGAAUGUCACGGACAACUUUCUCCGCGCGGUCGCCAUGUCCGGGCAAGGAGUACCAUCCAAAGUCACGGACGAAACAGGCUCCAAGAGCCCUCUAUCACCACAGACCCCUACAGAUGGAAGUGACUGGAGUGGGCGAUCCUCAAUGCUCGACGUUCAACAACCCAAGCGAAAGCGAGUGUCUCACGAAUGCGUCGUCCCCAUGAACAUCAACUGCCACCAGAAGACGAUGCUGCCAGUGCGCAACCAGACGAUGUUGCGCCGAUAUUACGAAAAGGCCUUUGAGAGCCUGCAACAGAUCAAUUGCCGCAUCCUAGCCAAGGCCUACGUUAAGCUAGUCGAACCGCGCAAGCAGGUCAACUUUCCCUACAACGGACGCAAGAUCAUUGCCGGCUCCUCGCAGCAGUUCGACCCAGAGCUGACCAAGCCGGCUUGGUGGCCUUCGGGGGUAACGCACCGCGAGCCCGAUCAUCUUCUCAAAGCGGAACGAAUUCGCCUUUUGGUUCACAUUCUUUGCGAGCUCCGGGGGAGCCACAAUAUCACUGUUGAGAAGCUGCGCGAGGCAGACCAGUCGAUCCGGCGGCAGAUCCUUCCCGCGGAGCGGUUACAAGUUCUCGACGAGAUCUAUCACGUCCGCGAGGAGGAGGAGCGAUAUCUCGAUGGGCGAGCCGAUGCUCAAUCAGCAGUCUGCGUCUACCGAGUCCAUCUCCCCGACCUAGACUCCCACACACGCUCCCCCAGUUCCUCAUUGACAAGAGACCUCAACCCCGUAUACCGCAAAGAAGUCCCCGACAUGGAAUCCCACACCUCCGUCUUCCCCUCCACAGGCGGCUCCCCAGGCAGCGACACCACCACCACUCCCCGGAACAGCGCCAAAGACAGCAGCGCCAGCAGCAGCGUCCACGCUGGCUGGGAGCCCUGCGCCCCGUCCCUGCCCUCCCUCAGCACCCCUACCAGCGCGAUGUUCCCCUCGGAGGACGCCCACGGUUACCCCAUCAAAUACUACAACGACGCCCACCACGCUCCCCACCAUGGGCCCCACCACCAGCACCACCCUCUGCCGGUUAUUGGUCUCCCCGCUUCUGACAUGGGUGCAUGCACCAACCCGUACUACUUCAAUUAUUGA